CUGAUAUGAGCCCAUGUCACUACAAAUGCUCCUCCUGCUCCUGGCGGCCUCCCUAGCCCUGACCCAGACCUGCGCAGGUGAGUGCGGGGUCGGGAGAGAAACGGACUCUGCGGGGAGGGCGGGGGCGGCACCGAGGAAGCCGCGUCCCAGCGUGGCCCAGCCGCACCCUCCCGCCCAUUCUCCACCUGCGCCCCGAGCCCUGCGCCCUGCUCCCCUCCCUGCCCGUGCUCCUGCCCGGGGUCCCGGGAGCAGGAUCGGGGUAUCACCGCGGCCGCCCCCAAGCUCGCACUCGCUGCGGUAUUUCUCUACCAUCGUGUCCCGGCCCGGCUUCGGGGAGCCCCGGUACAUGGAAAUCGGCUACGUGGACGACACGCAGUUCGUGCGCUAUGACAGCGACGCGGAGACUCCAAGAUAUGAGCCCCGGGCGCCGUGGGUGAAGCAGGAGGGGCCGGAGUAUUGGGAGAGGAACACAAGGAGAGCCAAGAAACAAGAACAGGUUUUCCAAAGGAACCUAAAGACCGCACUCCGCUAUUACAACCAGAGCGAGGGUGGCUCACACACCAUCCAGAUGAUGUAUGGCUGUGAGGUGGGGUCGGACGGGCGCCUCCUCCACGGAUAUGAGCAGCACGCCUAUGAUGGCCGCGAUUACAUCGCCCUGAACGAGGACCUGACGACGUGGACGGCGGCAGACACAGCGGCUCAGAUCACCCGGAGCAAGUGGGAGCAGGCUGGUGAUGCAGAGAUCAGCAGGGCCUACCUGGAGGAAACGUGCGUGAAGUCUCUGCACAGACACCUGGAGAACGGGAAGGACGCGCUGCUGCACACAGAUCCCCCAAAGGCACAUGUGUCCCAUCAUCCUGGACCUAAAGGUGAUGUCACCCUGAGGUGCUGGGCCUUUAGUUUCUACCCUGCAUUCAUCACCCUGACCUGGCAGAGGGAGGAAGAAGAACAGACUCAAGAUAUGGAGCUGGUGGAGACCAGACCUUCUGGAGAUGGAACCUUCCAGAAGUGGGCAUCUCUGGUGGUGCCUUCUGGGGAGGAGCACAAAUACACAUGCCAUGUGCACCAUGAGGGGCUGCCUGAGCCCCUCAUCCUGAGAUGGGAGCCUCCUCAGUCCAUGGUCCCCAUCAUGGCAGUCAUUGCUGGUCUGGUUCUCCUUGGAGCUCUGAUCAUUGUAGCUGUGGUGGCUGUCGAGAGGAAGAGGAGGAGGAACACAGGUGGAAAAGGAGGGAACUAUGCUCCGGCUCCAGGCAGGGACAGUGCCCAGAGCUCCGAUGUGUCUCUCCGGGACUGUAAAGCGUGAAGACAGCUGCCUGGUGUGGAUGUAGUGACAGACGAUGUGUUCACGUCUCUCCUGUGACAUCCAGAGCCCCUCAGUUCACUCUCAGCAAUAGUGUCUGAUGUUCCCUGUGAUCUCAUGGGCUCAAUGUGAAGAACUGGGGAGCCCUGCCCACCCUGCACACCUGACCCUGUCCCUGCACUGCCCUGUUCCCUUCCACAGCCAACCUUCCUGUUCCUGCAGACAGGAGGGGACAUCUCCAUACUGUGCCCUAUAGGCUGUCCUGAGCUGCAACCCCUGACUUCCCCAUUGAAAAUAAGAAUCUGAAUGUGAACUUGAUUGAUCAUGUUUUUGAUCUGACAGGUUGAUUGGCAGCUAAAUUAAAGGAUAGAGAUAGAGUUUAUGGAGGAAAUAAAUGGCAGCAUGGAGAACCUCCCAGAA